AUUGGCUGUCCCGGGUGCCACAUGAAAAGGCUUCCGAACAGAGGUGUUCAUUGAUUGGUUCAUUCGGUCUUUGUCUGAGAUGCAGCUGAGAAGGCUGUCCCGUUUGAAUGUGCAGGGAUUGGAAGGGACCAUUUCCAUGGACCAUCUGUCUCACAGGCUAGUGAUACAACAAAGGGAGCCAGGAUGGUGUUGGUACAUGUCGGAUAUUUGGUUCUUCCCGUAUUUGGCUCUGUAAGAAAUAGAGGGGCACAAUUCACCAGGCAUCAGCACAGCCAUGCUACCUCAUGCCGACACUUCCACCUAGGGGCCCCUCAGGCGCCCAUCUCAGCUGAGUUCCCCUUGGGUCACACCAGCCAACCCCCCCAGACUGGCCUGGCCCCUCACCAGCCCCCGGCCCCCCACCACCCACCGCCCCUGCCGGCCCCCCCUCAGUUCCAGGACGUUACUGGGCCUCCGUUCCUACCUCAGGCCUUACACCAGCAAUACCUCAUCCAGCAGCAGCUUCUAGAGGCGCAGCACCGCAGGAUCCUCCCACACUCCAGACGAACUCUGGAGCGUGCUCCUCUGAACCCUCACAGACUUCGCUCAGGGUACGACUACUCCCCUCCCCUCCAUAUCCCCCAGCCAAUCAGCCAGCAGCCGCGCUACCUGGCCGAGGGCACAGACUGGGACCUUAGUGUGGACGCUGGCCUCUCUCACCAACAGUACCAGCUCCAGCAGCUUCCACAGCACUAUCAGCAUUACCUGGCGGCAUCCCCCAGAAUGCACCACUUUCCCAGGAACACCUCGUCUGCACAAGUGGUUGUGCAUGAGAUUAGAAACUACCCGUACCCCCAGCUUCACCUGUUGGCUCUGCAGGGCCUCAACCCCUCACGUCACGCUUCCGCUGUACGAGAGAGCUAUGAGGAGCUGUUGCAGCUUGAAGACAGGUUGGGAAGUGUCAGUAGGGGAGCAGUUCAGACCACCAUAGAGAGAUUCACCUUCCCACACAAAUACAAGAAGAGGAAGCCUCUGGAUAUGAAGAUUGGCGAGGAGGGCGAGGAGACUGAUGUGGAUGAGAAAUGUACCAUCUGCCUGUCGAUGCUGGAGGAGGCAGAGGACGUCAGGCGUUUACCCUGCAUGCACCUCUUCCACCAGGGCUGUGUGGAUCAGUGGCUGGCGACCAGCAGGAAGUGUCCAAUCUGCCGCGUGGACAUCGAGACGCAGCUCCACCCAGACAGCUGAUGUCACAGGGGUGGAGCCUGACGGUCUGGCUGCUGUCAAUCACCCUGGCGUGGAUCCUGCUCCCUUCCACCCGGCCCUGCCUCUCCCAACAUGGGUGCUUUGCCAAAUGUCUCCAGUCGUCACGUGACAUCAUAGCCCUCUCUGACUCACGCUUUACUGAGCCAAUCCAGGAUUACUUACUGCACGAGAGACCGGAGACUGACUCUCUCUCUCUCUCUCUCUCUCAAUAAAAGCACAUCCCCAGCAAAAAGACAUGCAAACACUCACUCACACAUACAUUACAUACUAUAUACACAUGUGCACACAGGGUUUACUAGUUGCUUGCUGGUGGUUGGGUGUCGUUGCUGUUGUGUUGUAGUUAGGGGAGGCAGGUGUGUUUCCUGUGUCUUUGUAGCAUGUUCUUAAAGCCAUGACAUUAAUGUACAGAGUGAAAAGCACACAACCCCACUUGCCAGCCAGCCUGCCACAUACACACACACACACACUGCUUAUUCUGCCACAACAGGAAGCUAAUCAACCACUUAAAAGCCCUGUCGCCAUGUUUGCCUACAGAUCAUUUGUGGUAGUACAGUAGCAGCAUCAGACACAGUGGUAUUUUGACCCCUCACUUUGUUAUAAGAGGGGGACUGAGUGUUCAGAUCUCGCCCAGCUUCUACUUUUUGCAAUACAGUAGUUGUACAUUUGCUUGGGACUGAUGCUGCCAUCAGUGUUCGGACAAAAUACAACUAUUUCACUGCUGUCAUGUUGGCCUGCCCCAAUGCAUGGGGUGGCGUGUGUUUUUGAGUAAAUACAGAGGUUAGUGAGUGUUUUUAACCAAAUGUGUUAUGGUAUUGCUUGACCUGCCGCAAUGUGUGUGUUCUGCCCCAGUGUGUGGGUUUCAGUGUAUGUUUAACCAAUGCUUGCGCGUGAGUGACAAACUUAAAGUGCAGGUUCAAGUGUGUGUUAAGGGUAAUAUAGAAGUUAGCUUAACAGUGAUUUGAUUGGAGUGCUUGUAGAAUACAAAGCCAAAUAAGGAAUACAAUUAUUAUUAUUUUUAAAUGUAGUAGGACUUAUCCCCCAUCAUGCACUGCAGUGACUGAGUGAGAUGUGGGGCCUUCUGGUUAAGCAGAAGUGUUAGCUGCCCUGAAAACAGCGACUCUGUGCCAUCCACUCCUGUCGCAGGUGUUAAGGCUGAGCAGUGUAGUGAAAUGCAUGUUUCAAUGUUGGCUUGGGCUGUCGUGUUAGCGUUAAAAAAAAAAAAAUGGAGGGCAGAGGAGGGUGUUGUCUGUGCAUGACUUAGUUAAUCUGAGCUGUGAUUAUCAACUCAACACAAACAAACAAAUGAAGAAAAAGGGAGAACGAUGUCAGUGUUUGUCCCUGACCUGUAGCGUGUGUUCAUACUGUCCCUUUUUGGUGGCAAACAAAAUGGAAUCCUAUUGUUUACCUUAUUGCCUAAAGAACAAGCACAUGUGAUAGAUAUAGCAACAACCUCUUUUUGUUAUUGCAUUUGCGUUGGUUUCCGUAUAUUUAGGUAUAAACGCGCACUGUUUUGGACCGAGUGAGGAGCUUUGUGUGUUGAACUUGUUUUUAUGUGUCAGAUCUCCCCUCGUGGUUGCUAUGCUGGUUGCUAUGCUGUAUUGCUAGAACAACAAUGUAGAAUGUUGUGUGAUGGGGGCAGUAUCCUCCCCACAGUGCAUAUGGACAGGACUGGGCUGGGGUCAAAAUGAGGACCAAAAUAAUGGUCAUAGAACACUUUUUGUUGUCAAAAAAACAACUCUUUAAAUGUUGAUAUUGUGUGUGCUUUCCUUUUUGUUUUGUUGCUAUGUUAUGUCUAAGUCAAUGUGCAUGAACACUACAUAGGUUUUUAAGGAUUGGCACAGGUCCUAUAAAAUGCAUUGAGGACUCGAUGUGAAGUAUUAGGACAGACCCUAAAUGCCCUGUAGACUGAAGGAUGAGUUGUGACGGAUUGGGACUGACCCUAACUGUCCUGUGCACUGCCAGUGUUGAUACUGACUCCUCCUUUAGUCUAGUUUUUUAUGGGAAGUUUUGAUAGUUUACACAGGGUGUUGUCAGUUGAGAUGCCUUAAGUAUUUAACAAUCAUUAUUUAUUACUAACUGUAGAUAUCGUGUGUACGUAUUUAAUUUUAUAUAGUUUUUUUCUGCAAUUGAAUCAUUUAUUUAUUUAGAUAUAACACAAUUGUUUUAAAAAAUUGAACGAUUACCUCUUUUUUGCAUUUUUGCAUUGUUUUAAUUCAAUGGGAAUGCUUCGCAUGCAGUUGUAUUUUUCCUGAAGAAACUAAACUAAAAAGACCUGCUGUUUGAUCUCUCUCCCCGAGCCGGCUGUGUUAUGUUUACUGUCCCGGGCUGAGCUGUCGAGCCUGCUCUUCUCAUGUGGUGCUGUGGAUAGUGGUGCUGUGGAUAUCUUGGUUACAUUCCAUUCAAUGCAAUUUUCUCUGAUCCCUAUGCUGUGAUGUAGUGGACAAACUGCAAUGGAGUGAAAUGUUUUUAAGUUUGUAAUUUGUCUUGUUUUGCACUCAUAGUUUUAACAUGGGAACCCUCUCACUGGCAUAAAGCAGUUACGAUCGUAGAUGUAUUGUUAUUAUUACUGUAUACGUUGUCAUUUCCAGUUCUCUGCCUCUCAUCCCUCUCUCCUUUCUUUAAAAAAAAAAAAGCAUGUUCCUUUUCUGUGUUGGGAUAUUUCUCCUUCCCUCUUUUCCAAAUAUCUUGUAGUUUUGAGCCCAACAAGUGCCUCGCUUCUAGUGUUGAGAUAUUUCCUUAUGAUUGUAGCUACUAUUUUUGCCACACAAACUCCUACGCUCAGUUACUCGAAAGCCAUCAUGCCUGAACUAGGUACAUAUUUAUCUGGAGGUCUUACUCCUGCAUUACACGGGCACCAUGAACUGUAGGCUAUGUUCAAAUGCUGUAUAAUAUUGUUGUUCCUUUCUUAUUCCCUCCUCUCUCACUUCUCUCAUUGUCACCACUGACCAACCUGCAAGGUGAAGGAAAUAUGACGUUAGCCCCCAUAAGUGGAGUGUGGGAACUUUAAGGUGGUGUGGUCAGCGUCGUAUUGCUUUCACUAACCAAAUAGAUCUGUGGAUACCUUUAUGAGAAUAAAGAAAGCAGCAUUUUAGGAGUACUCGGAAAUUGACAUUUUUCUCCAUCAUUUUUAGUUUAACCUUGACCUAAUCUAAUAAUACCUUUGAAAUAUUUUACUUUAUCCAUUAUACAAAUGAAGGAAAUAUUUGACAAAUCUUUGUGAAAAUGUUUCACUGUGUUCAUCUGCGCUACACUAAUUAUUCUUAUUAUUCCCUCUUUUCCUUUCCUUUAUUAUUUUGUCUUACUGUCCAUCCUUCCCUCCACUCAGAACCCAUCCAAUGUUUCCUAUCACAAUCCUCUAUGUAAAACAAGAACAGACAGAGGAUCUCUUAAAGCACAACCUUACUAAAAAUGCAUGUUUUUCUCAGGUUUGAAUAUAUUCUUAAUGGUAUGUAAGUAUAUGGUGAAAAUAUUUGUAGAUAUACAAAGAAUAUUACAGAAUUAAUUUUGCUGCUGCUUGCAUCUGAAAAACUGAAGGAAAGAGAAAAUAUCUCAACGUGCCAGUGAUAGGGCUGCCGCCAUCUUUGUAUAAGGUCUGCUGUUUAGCCGUGACUGCGCAAUGUUUUUCAAUAUAGGAGAUUUUAUCGGAGAAUAUAACUAUUUAUCAUUAAUAUUAAAGCAAUAGCUCAUUAAUGAUGAGUGUGUUGAUGAACUGGAUGAGCAUAUUGUGUAAAUGUUAGAUUCACAUUUGGUGGAAUUUUGUACUUUAUUUAUUACUACUACUAAUAAUGAUUUUAAAAGUUGCAUCGCUAAACCCAAACUGUUCUGUUUUUUUAUUUACAUUUUAUUUCAAGGCUGGUAUAUUAUCCUUUUUUGUAUGUGCUCUUUUUGUAAUAAAUUGGAUAAAAUGGAA